AUGAUGCGGCGGCCUCCUGACCAAGGACGGCAUGGCGCCCAACAACGCAAAUAUCUCUGGGCAUUCGCCUUCUUCCUCCUGCCCUGGCUCCAGCUUGCAGAAGCACAGCAGCAACAGCAGCAGCAGCAGCAGCCCAUCGCUGCUCCUAUAAUUGCUGGUGGAUCCCGUCAAGAUGGAGGAGGAGGUAGAUCCCGCAAAGAGUCCCCCCUCGAGGGGGAUCGAGUCCUCAGCAAUCCUGCAGCGACUGCCUUCACCCAAGAAGUCAUCGAGACUCCCCAUAUUCAACGCAAGAAUACCUACUCUGUCGUUCACACCGACGACGACAACAAUAAUACCAAAAACAAGAAACGCAACUCUGAGAAUAUUCUAAUUCCUGACGAUGCGAGCGCUAUCGCUACUUUGGCUCCGGGACAGUCCGUUCGAGCACCACCCGCCAGACUUCAAUCCCUGCCCUCCUCAGUCGGGGCCGGGGUCUCCACGCCGCAUAUUGCGCGGAGUCUGGAGGAUUGGGAAGUGGAAGAUUUUGUUUUGCUGGCGACCAUCGAUGGAGAUCUUUACGCCAGCGACCGCAGGACCGGCAAAGAACGCUGGCGCCUGCAGGUCGAGCAGCCCAUGGUCGAGACAAUACACCAUCGAGCCAACGUGUCUGUCCUCGAUGACGACUACCACCCAAUCGAUCACUACAUUUGGGCUGUCGAACCCACAAAGGACGGUUCAUUAUACCUGUGGAUCCCUGAGAGUGCCACAGGCUUGGUCCGGACCAGCUUCACCAUGAAGAAGCUUGUCGAAGACUUGACCCCCUUUAGCGACGGCGAUCCACCCGUCAUGUACACGGGAGACAAACGCACGACAAUGGUCACUCUGGAUGCUGCCACAGGCAGGGUUUUGAGGUGGUUUGGCUCUGGCGGGUCCCAGGUCAAUGAACAGGACAGUUGCUUACGACCCAAUGCCCUCAUCGACCCGGAUAGUGCUGAAUGCAGCAAUAGCGGCACAAUUACCCUUGGUCGAACUGAGUACACUGUCGGCAUCGCUUACAAGGACACACGUCCUAUCGCGACACUCAAGUUCUCCGAAUGGGGCCCUAACAACUUUGAUAAUGAUCUACUUCUUCAGUACCAUUCGACCAUGGACAAUCGUUACAUCACUAGUCGACACGAUGGCAAGCUUUACGGAUUCAAUUAUGAACGACACGCAAGAAAUGCUAAACCAUACUUUGCCGAGGAUUUCACUUCGCCUGUCGUUCGUGUGUUUGAUGUUGCUCGGCCAUGGGGUGCUCCACCCGAGAGCAACCCAGAGCUCAUCAUUCUUCCACAGCCACCGCCGCCAGACAAGGAUGAUACUCUAGGUCAUCUACGCAGUAGCAGCAUUUUCUUGAAUCAGACACAGAAUGGCAGCUGGUACGCUAUGUCCGGACGUGCUUACCCUCUGAUCAUCGACGCCCCUGAGGCUCAGCUCAAUCAAAGAGAUUGGUUCGAUCUGCAACAGUCAUGGGACAUGAUGAACGAGGCCCAGAUAUCCAAAGCCUUGGUAGGAACGCACUCCCUAGGUAAUGCAUGGCGGGGUAUAAAACAACAGCCGCCAACUCUCCCUCCAGGCACAUUGACUCCUCCAAUUUCCGAGGAUCCGGACAACAACUCUGCAGUUCCUACGUUGCCGACAGCUGAGCCGGAGCCCCCCACAAUCAUUGACAAGGUGAAGACUCUGCCUCAAAUCGCUGCCGAUAGUAUCGUGGACUUCGUCAAGAAUCCUGUCAUGAUCAUUCUCUUCGUGUCUUUUUUCUUCUGGUACCGGAAGGAAUUGGGUAAGUGGGCAAAGAGCAAGAGUAAACAUCUCUUCCUCGAACCCGUGCCUGAAGGAAGCUUCGUGAGUGAGCGCGAGGCACUCAACACCGAGGACGCACCGGCAGAGAAGCCUUCUGAGAAGUCCGCUGAAGUCGUGGAAGAGUCUGGUCAGACAGAGAAAACUGAGCAGCUGAACGAAGACUCGUCCGAUAAGGAGACCACGCGUUCGGUGACAUUUGAUGAAUCCGUCUUGGUUGGCGAAGGCAAAACAAAUGAUCAGGUUGAUGGGGUCACACCUGCAAAGAAGAAGACACACAGGGGUCGUCGCGGUGGUGUGCGACAUCGCAAAGGUAAGAAUAAGCGUGAAGACUCACAAUCACGGGACGAUGAUCCGGUCAUAGUCACGGUUGAAGAGGCUGUCAACAAAGCCAAGAAACUGGGUGAGCAACCACGUGGCCCUGAGCCAGACAUCAUCACUGUGCCAAACGACGUAGAAGAGGUCUCUGGGCCUAUUCUCAAGAUGGGCAGUCUAGAAGUGAACGAGGAUCAGCAGCUGGGUACCGGCAGCAAUGGCACCGUGGUGUUCGCAGGCAAAUGGGACGGCCGAGAAGUUGCCGUGAAGAGAAUGUUGAUCCAGUUUUAUGACAUUGCGUCUCAAGAGACGCGACUGUUACGAGAAAGUGAUGAUCACCCCAACGUCAUCCGAUACUUCGCACAACAGCAACGCAAUGCCUUCCUCUACAUAGCUCUGGAGCUUUGUCAAGCAUCACUCGCAGACAUUGUUGAGAAGCCACACAUUUUCCGCGAUCUCGCGCAAGCUGGUGAGCGAGAUCUACCAGGGGUCCUCUACCAGAUUACCAAUGGUCUGAAUCACCUGCACUCCUUGCGCAUUGUCCACCGAGACCUCAAACCACAGAAUAUUCUUGUCAAUAUGGAUAAGCAUGGUCGGCCCCGUUUGCUUGUCAGUGAUUUUGGCCUGUGUAAGAAGCUAGAGGGCGGACAAUCAUCCUUCGGCGCCACUACCGCCCACGCUGCAGGCACCUCGGGAUGGCGAGCACCAGAACUGCUCCUUGACGAUGAUGCUCGAGAUUCUGGCACGAUGAUUGAUGCCGGAAGCUCGACUCACAGCGGCACCGGCAGCAACUUGGUGUCUUCGGACCUCAUGCCUAACCGGCGCGCAACUCGCGCAAUUGACAUCUUCUCCCUUGGUCUAGUGUUCUACUACGUCCUCACUAAAGGUUCCCAUCCCUUUGAUUGUGGCGAUCGUUACAUGCGGGAGGUCAACAUUCGGAAGGGUAACUACAAUCUUCGUAUGCUCGAUGUCUUGGGUGACUACGCUUUCGAGGCUCAGGAUUUGAUUUCGGCUAUGCUCAAUGCUGAACCGAGAAGAAGACCAAAUGCAAAGGAUGUCAUGGCGCAUCCCUUCUUCUGGUCGGCAAAGAAGAGGCUUAGCUUCCUCUGUGAUGUCUCUGAUCACUUUGAGAAGGAGCCACGAGACCCUCCGUCACCAGCUUUGCAAGAGCUUGAACGUCACGCUUCGGAGACUAUCCGCGGCGACUUCUUGAAGCAGUUACCGAAGGAUUUCGUCGACUCCUUGGGCAAACAGAGAAAAUAUACUGGGUCAAGGCUUUUGGACCUCCUCCGUGCGUUGAGGAACAAACGCAAUCAUUAUGAAGACAUGCCAGAUUCAUUGAAGAAGACUGUUGGCCCGCUGCCAGAAGGCUACCUGGGCUUUUGGACCCGCAAAUUCCCUAACCUCCUCAUCGUAUGUUGGAAUGUUGUUUAUGAAGUUCGCUGGGAGGAGACAGACCGUUUCAGGGAAUAUUAUGAACCUGCAAACCUUUGA